CCCAGCUGUUUGAACUGGCCACUGAAUGAACCAAACUUUGUCAACUUCUCUUCCAUUUCACAGACCAGCACUUAUUCAGACUCCGAAGUGUUCAUUUCCCCAGCACAGGGACACUGCUUGUUGUAGUGGAGGUAGAGGUUCUGUUCUAUGGGACAUUCUAGGAUGUUAAAGGUUCUGUUCUAUCUCAGACAUUCUAGACUUAGACUUCUGUAGAGGUCUUUUGCUUCUUACACAGAAGUGCCUCAUUGAGAGGAGAGCUCCCCCAUCUCAGCCUGUAGAGCUCAUCUGGAACUAGGAGGAGCUGCUGGCAAGGUGCCCAUUGCUGUGUAGGUUCCUGCGUGCAGGAUCUUGGUGAGCAGAACAGCAGCCAUGCCGCCUGCCAUGGGAGGACCCCAGGGGUACACCCCUCCAGAGGGGGGCUGGGGCUGGGCAGUAGUGGUGGGAGCCUUCAUCUCCAUCGGCUUCUCCUAUGCCUUUCCGAAGUCCAUAACCGUCUUCUUCAAGGAGAUUGAGGUCAUUUUCGACUGCACCAGCAGCCAGGUGUCAUGGAUCUCCUCCAUCAUGCUGGCAGUGAUGUACGCCGGAGGUCCUAUCAGCAGUAUCCUGGUUAAUAAGUAUGGGAGUCGUCCCGUCAUGAUGUGUGGAGGAUUCCUGUCUGGCUGUGGACUGAUUGCUGCCUCCUUCUGCAACUCAGUGGAAGGACUUUACUUCUGUGUGGGAGUGGUCGGAGGUUUGGGACUGGCAUUCAAUCUGAACCCAGCCCUUACUAUGAUUGGGAAGUACUUCUACCAUAAGCGGCCCAUCGCCAAUGGAAUCGCCAUGGCGGGCAGCCCAGUGUUCCUAUCCACCUUGGCCCCUCUCAACAGCUGGUUCUUUGACCAGUUUGGUUGGAGGGGCAGCUUCCUGAUACUGGGAGGCCUGCUGUUCAAUUGCUGCGUCGCUGGUUCUCUCAUGAGACCCAUCGGACCAAAACCACAGCCUGCCGUGAAAAGUGAAGAUGCCGCAAAAGAGAGUACGACGUGUGGGCAGAAGUGCAACAGUUUUAUUGACCUCUCGCUGUUCAAACACCGGGGCUUCGUGCUCUACCUCAUGGGUAACGUCAUCAUGUUCUUUGGUCUCUUCUCCCCACUAGUGUUCCUUAGUAACUUUGCCAAGAGCAGGAACAUCCCCAAAGAGAAGGCAGCCUUCCUGCUGUCUGUCCUGGCCAUUGUGGACAUGGUGGCUCGGCCCUCCAUGGGCAUUGUGGCCAAUACAAAGUGGAUACGACCCAGGGUGCAGUACUUCUUUGCCUGCUCUGUGCUGUUGAACGGUGUGUGCCACGUCCUGGCGCCCAUCUCCGUGGACUACACAGGCUUCGUUAUCUACGCCAUCUUCUUUGGCUUUGCCUUUGGCUGGCUGAGUGCGGUGCUGUUUGAGACGCUCAUGGACCUUGUGGGAACACAGCGCUUCUCCAGUGCAGUGGGACUGGUCACCAUUGUGGAGUGUGGGCCUGUCUUGUUAGGUCCCCCUUUGUUAGGGAAAUUCAAAGACAUCUACAAUGACUACCAAUACACCUACCAGAGCUGUGGGGUGAUCCUUAUCAUUGCCAGUGUGUUCCUGUUUGUGGGGAUGGGUAUCAACUACCGGUUGUUGAACAAAGAGAAAAAGGAGGAGGAGGAAAGGAAGGCUAAACUGGAGGGAGAAGAAGAAGAGUCCAACAAGGACAAUGCUACCAAAGAAGCCACCAAUGACAGGGUGGGAGCAGUUGACAAGACAAAAACUACAGAAGACAUAGUCUAACUUUCCUUGACAUCAAAUUCACGCAUUCACAUGGUAUCUCAAUACAGUCAAUGAGAUAAUGUAGACAUCAAAUUAAUUUGGUUCAAGUCUUUGGCAGACAGCAAUGUUCAUGUAAACAUAUUUCUUCACCAUUUCUACUUCUGUCAUUGAAUAACGUAUUAUCAGCAUAAUAUGACUGUGUCAAUAUACACGUAUGUAUGCAACUUUUUACUGAAAUAUACGGCUGCCCUGCCAAAAAAAUACUAUAUUUUACGAAUCUGGAGUCCAGAUAGUACAUUUUCUGCAUAAGUGUUGUGAUAUAUUUUAGAAUAUUAUUAUAUGGAGGUAAUUUUUAUGUGUAUACUGUAUUUAGAAUUUCAGAAGUCCACCUCAAAUAACUACUAUGUACAGUAUUAUUCUGUAAAAGCACUUAAUGGAUAUACUACUGCUUUUAGAAGGUUUAAUGAAUCACUGUAACAUUUUGUUCACGCUGAUGAAUGGUAGGUUUCUUUAAUCUCCGAAAGCAUUGACACAUGAAUAAUCAGGCAUCUCUUGAUAUUCACAGUUCUUCAAUACAUCUUCAAAACAAUUAUAUUCCUGUGUUGACAGUACAGCUAAAAGCUAGAGAGACCGAUAACAACACCAAAAGCUUUGAUUUGGGAAUUCUAAAUUCCAACAGAACAAAGUGUAUAAAUCAAAAAUCAGUUCAUAAAACACAGGCUUGAUUUAGAAAUGCAUGAAAAAGACACUUGAAAAUCUCAAUAAAAUAGAAGCUUUGCUUAACCUAGCCAUAGCUCAAAAUGACAGUAACAGGGUAGAACUCCAACUGUUACUCUGUGCCAAGUCUGCCAUUAAAACCAUUAGUUAUUUUUGUAUUUAAUGUCGUGUUCAUAUUUGAUACUGCCAUUUAGCUAUCACUUCACAGCCUGUAUUCUCAGACUCAGAUUAAGGCUAGUCCUCGAUUUAAUAUAUAUAUUUUUUUUAAUCAUUCACAAUUAAUCUCAAUUUCAGUAUGAAGACUUGCAGAAACUGCUUCUGCAAUAGAAAUCCCCGAUCACACUUGUGGAGUUGUCACUAUUUACAAAAACUGGCUAUAUCCAGGGGCGCAACUUUGGUUUUAGAAGUGGGGGGGACAUAACCAUUAUUAUUUUUUUAAUCCAGUCGGGUAAACACUCGAAACAGCCUACCCAACCGCUCAGAGGCGUCCUCAUGGUCCUAAAGCACACCGUUGCCUCGUUUUGUAUCAUAUUCAAAUGAUAAAAUUAGGGAGGGACAAAAUGCAAUUUCAGAAUGUGGGGGGAUGUCCCCCUCGUCCCCAGUGAUAGUUGGCUAUAUCGUUAAAAUGAUGUAAACAAAAAUGGCCUUUUUGGUAUUAAUUUAAGUUUAGGCAUAAGGUUAGCAUUUUGGUUAAGGUUUGGGUUAAGGUUAGGUUUAAAAUCAGAUUUUAAAAAGAGAAAUUGCAGAAAAAGGCAGGGUUUAGCCAUAUUUCUCACUAUAUGCCUCUGGUAACUAGUGAUGACCACAUUUUUCCGUUAGCUAGCUAAACUCAUGCGUAGAAACACAUCAUCAGGUCUAACGGUUGUCUUGCGCCAAAAGGGCAUGUGUAGGCCCUAAAAUGAAUGUCACUAAUUCAAUAUAAAAAAAAAAAAUUAUAUAUAUGUACGUGUCAGUUUGUCACUUUCACGAGGUUGGAAUAAUAACUACUUUAGCCAUUGGCUCGAAUUUAGGUUGUGCCUUUAGAUUUUGAGAACAUUUACAGAAUUUUGCACUUCUAUCACUGACUUCUCAUUCCUGGCCUGGUCUUCAUGGUCUGUUUCGCAAAGCGUUUCCAGAAGUCUAGCGAUGUUGCGCAUCUGGGCUUAGAAACUCUUGGUGCUUUCAAGACAGCUGGGAACCUGGGAAGUACUGUUAACAACAGCAAGGGCAGGUUUUCGGCAGGCGUUUAGGACACUGGGUGCUAGCUAGUUAGUUAGCUAGGAUUCCAGCAGGUGUUCGGCAAGCCGGAGCAAAAAACACUGUGAGAUAGCUAGCUAGUUAGCUAGGACUCCGGUACACAGCAGCAGAAGAAAGGUUGCUAGUUAAUGAUAGCUAGGACACCGGUAGACAGUGUACUUCGCCCAUGCCUGUCAUGCACUAGUUUCCCACAGUUCUGGUAGUAAUGGCGAGGGCAGAUGUUUAGCAGGUGGGAAUGAAGGAUACUGUGUGCUAACUUGUUAGCUUACUAGCUAGGACGCCGGAACACAUCUAGCGGGGGCGACUCCGGCAGAUCGCUGUCGGGUGGGGUUCCUGCGGAUGCUUGGAAUUUCCAGUUACUACAUUUCCUGCCUUAACCCAUUAGCUAUUUAUCUCCACUCUGUGGCAGUAUUUACUCUUACGUUAAUGACUCUUGAGCUCCUGAAAGUUUAUCCUCAUCCUGGAGGAAAUUGUUUGCACAUUAUAUUGGAAAGUUACACUGUAUAUCACUGUUACUGAUUGAUUUAAUUUUAAUUUUAAGUAACUUAAAAAAUAUUCCUGACAUAACCACCUUGAGGUUGCACUGAUGUAGCCUACUUGAUGAGACUAAAGUCAUAAUUGUGAAUGCAGAAAUCAAGGGUUUGAUCCAAUGAAAGUUGAUAGACAUUGAUUGUCAUGUGAUGGUACCCUGAUCCAUGAGGGAACAGACAAUCUUUGGUCAUCAUCAUCAUUUUCAUAUGUUCAAGGGCACUUGGAGGGUCCUGAAGGGAUCCAGCUUUCUGUCAGAAUUGACUUUUCUUAUCAGGGUGAGGAGAGAUUACGCAGCAGGUUAGGAGAAUUAGGUUAAGAUGAUGUUUUCAUAAGGGUUAGCUAAAAUGGCCAAAAAAAUUGCCUACUUUUAACGUACAUUUUUCAAAAUCUGGGUCCAAUCUAGACAUGACCGACUUGAAGGGAGGCCCUUUGAGUUCAGCACACGAAGACACUUUUAAUCAUGUGUGUCAUACAUGGAUGAUGACCAUGAUGUGAAUGGUUUUGUGGCAUUUUAAUGAAUGUCUUUUUUUCUUUCCACAAAAAAUACAACUGAAAUGGGAUGUUGUGUUCAUAUAACAAGGAGAGCUAAUGUAUUAUGAUGUAUUUAAAGAUAUAUUCAAAAUUAGGAAAAUGCAAUGACAAACAAAUGAAGAGUUAUUUACUUUGGCCUAAGUAUAAAAUAAAUAUCCCCACAGCUA